AUGAACACUUUUUUCUUAAUCCUAUCUGUAAUAUCUUAUUAUUCCGCACGGAUACAUGCUCAAUAUUAUCCAUACAAACAUUAUGAACGGCAAGCAAUGACUGAAACAAUCUACAGCAAUAAUACAGCCAGUGAAUACGAGGAUGACAGUAAUAUGUGCCAUUUGUCGGUGCGGUGUCCAGCGAUUCCCACACUGUCUCCAUAUGAUCGCGACAUGCGUAAUCGUCGUUUUACUGUCGAUACAUUCUUAGCAAUGCACGGCCCACCUGGACCUUCAGGUGAGCCGGGACCUGUCGGAAAUCCUGGGCCGCGUGGUGCUGUUGGGCCACAAGGCGAAGUGGGACGAUCGAAAGAACCAGUCCCGGUUGUAGCAUUCAUGGCUUAUCUACAAAAAAUGUUAUCCGUUGAAUCGAAUCGUACUGAAACAAUUGUUUUCGAAAAUGCUGAUAUUAACGAAGCCAAUGGCUAUAAUCCAGCGACCGGUAUAUUCACAGCGACACAUCGAGGUAUUUACAAAUUCAGUAUGACAAUCAUGGCACAAAUGGAUUCGAUUGCUACCGUACGCAUUCUUCAUAAUCAAAUCAAUGUUCUCAGUAUGAUACGUUGUGAUUGUCGACGUCGUUUUUCACACGUCCGUGGCUCCGUGUAUGCUGAGUUGAAUGCUAAUGAUCAAGUCAUGGUUGAAGCCAUUGGCGAUGUCAACGAUUCAGGUCAAUCUGCCCCUCGCAAUAAUAUAUAUGGAUAUACAUAUACACAUUUCAGCGGUGCACUUUUAUUUUUAACUAAUACUUAA